GGAAGCGCGAGAAACGGCAUCAGAUAAAUACGGAAACUGGACUUGAUCAAUCAGAGCGACAUUGUCGAACUGUUCGAUAAGCGUCACCUUAAUGUGUCUGUAUUUAAACGUCACGCGUCCCGACGUCCCAAACGGAAAGUGAAGAAAGUAACUCUCACAAUCCUAUAUCCUGCCACACGAUGCAGUUUCGCAGUUAUCUGUGUGCUCUCAUCACCUAUAGUGGGUUAACCCUGUCUAUGCCAAUCAAAAGUGGAAAGGGGCCAGAGUCCAGCAACGAUAUGCCACCACUGCUUCUGGUGUCAUUUGAUGGUUUUCGUGCAGACUAUCUAAAAAAAUACCCAUUACCCAAUCUUGAGAAGUUCUUCUCCGAUGGCGUUCUUGUACGCGAACUCACCAAUGUCUUUACGACGAAAACCUUCCCCAAUCAUUACAGUCUCGUCACAGGACUGUACGCAGAGAGCCACGGUAUACUUGCGAGCAUGAUGUACGACCCUGUGGUGAAAAAGCAUUUCUCUCUUCAAAAUGGGAGCGAUCCAUUCUGGUGGGACGAAGCCACACCGAUUUGGGUCUCCGUAGAGGAAUCUGGGUACAAAGCAGCAUCUGCUAUGUGGCCAGGAACAAAUGUGGAUAUUCAAAACCACACGUUAAAAUACAAAUUCGAAUAUGACUCAAGGGUGACCUUCCAAGAAAGGCUGGGAAACUUGACCAAGUGGAUGACUGAGGACAAAUCUGUUAAGUUUGCCUCUCUAUACUGGGAAGAACCUGACCGGUCGGGCCACCAUUAUGGCCCUGAUAACGCAACAGAGAUGGCUCGGGUUCUGACGGAUGUGGACAAUCUUGUAGGUGUACUAAUGGAGCAGCUCAACAAAACGGGAUUAUGGGGGAAAAUAAACAUUAUCAUUACUAGUGAUCAUGGUAUGACUCAGUGUUCACAAGAGAGACUCAUUAAACUGGAUAAUUGCAUCAGUCCCAGCAGCUAUACCAUAGUGGACCUCACUCCUGUGGGCGCCAUAAUUCCACUGGCAGAUAAUUCGACUGUGUACAAAAAGCUCUCCAGCUGUCACAAUCACAUGAAGGUUUACCUGAAGGACGCUGUUCCUGAUAGGCUGCACUAUAAAAACAACGAACGGAUUCAGCCAAUCAUCUUGGUUGCAGAUGAAGGAUGGACAAUCGUUAAAAAUGGCGGACUCCCACGAUUGGGCGAUCAUGGCUAUGACAAUACCCUUCCCAGCAUGCACCCUUUCCUGGCCGCCCACGGGCCUGCCUUCCGCAAAGGCUAUAAGAUGUCGAGCUUCAACAGUGUGGAUCUGUAUCCUCUCAUGUGCCACCUCAUCGGCAUUCCUCCGAUGCCAAACAACGGCAGCUUCGCUCACGUGCGCUGUGCGCUAGUUAACGAGCAGUGCGGAGAGCUGGCGCUAGCGGUGGGUAUCGUGCUCGGGGUCUUAAUAAUCCUGACCACUUUCACGUGUCUAUUCAAGCUCAUGAAGAAAAGAAGUAAUUCGUCUACUCGUCCAUUUGCCCGUUUGGAGUUGGAGGAUGAUGAGGAUGACGAACCUUUACUUGAAUGAACUUUAUUUUAUUUUUUUAUUAUUUUUUUAAAUGGAGGAAAUUUGAAAUGAUUCAAGCAAAUGCAUGACAUUAAAGGGAUAGCUCACCCAAAAAUGACAAAAUUCUGUCAACUUAUACUCACCCUUACUGUACGUUGUUUUCUCUUUCUUCAGUGGAACACAAAAGAUGUUUUGAAUAGGGAUGCACCCAUAUAAACGUUUUUGAAUGAUACCAGAUUCCAAUUUUAACAAAAUACUAUAGGUCUUGCUGAGGAAUUCUGUUUUAAAAAUACAAAGAGGUAUAAAAGCUAUUUUAUUGUUUAUCUGUUUAUCUAACUAGGGCUGGGUAUUAAUACAGAUUUCCCGAUUUGAUUCCUAAUCAAGAGCUCUUGAUUUCGAUUCGAUAUCAAUUCAUAUGGUUAUAUUUCAGUUAUAAUGUCCCUUUUGCUUACAUAUGAAAGAAAUUCUCUCCCAGCUAAUGCUGUUAAUUAUACAGGAGAUCUUCUAACUAGGUACAUUAUGAAAAUGUUAAUUUUACUAAUGAUAUUUUAUUAGUUUUUCGUCAUUUUGGUCACAUUUUAGCUUUUUAAAAAUGAACAAAUAAAUCAAUAAAUAUAUUGCAUAUAUUAUAUUUUGUUACAUAGUUAUUGUUUAAUUGCAUAAUUUGUACUAUUUACAUUGAUUGUUUUGAACACGUGCUAAAAACCGGUACUGUCUCUUUAAGGAAACCGGCAGUUCUGUAAAUAGCAUAUGUAAAUGAGCGCAUAUUAAUGAGAGAGGACUCGAAUGGCUUUACCUCAUCUAUGCUAUGCAUGGUUAGAAUUAAAUGUUUAUUUUUCAUUGUUUUUGAUCAACGACUGACUAGUAGAGAACAGAAAGGUUAUCAAAAGAGACAUUAUUCAAUGACAAAUCGCGUGGAUCUCGUCUUUGGACACACAUUACACGGAACAACUUUUACUCUCAACAUGCUGUGAAAGGAUCUCGCUGCUGAAUACUCCACUACUAUAAUACACGAUUCAUUCACUGGUGAAUGAAAUCUUAACAUUUACCAGCCAGUUGCCAGAUAUAUAUAUUUUUAGUCGGAUAGCAUGAAAUUUAUCUGCAAACGCGAGUGUUUUUAUUCUAUUGUAGUAAGAAUUGAUAUCGAGAUUGUUCAAAUGAAGAUUGUGAUGCAUCAGAAAUUCAAUAUUUUGACCCACCCCUAUAUCUAACAAUACGUUUCAUUGAACAUGCAUUGGAUCUAUUGAACAUAUAACAGGCCAAAAUUUAAGAGAGCUACAGUUGAAGACAAAUAUGAUAACAUGAUGAUUGAUGUGGGGGAAAAUGUUAAUUUGCACUUCUUGUUUUGGCAACAUUCGAUAUUCAUAUUAUGCAUGUUCAACAUGCUUUACUUUUUCAGAUUUUAUCUAUUUUGGUAGGUAUUUUUUUAUAACACCAACAGAAAAACUACUAUCAACUUUAUUCAACACAAUAAAUGUACAUUAUUAAUUAAUAAUUAAGCAGAUCAUAUCUGUGUUUUCAUGCUUGCGUCUGAUAUGCCGAUGGUUUUAAUUUGGAUAGUAAUAAAUAUCAAUGGCCGAUAUAUCGGUGCAUCCCUAGUUUUGAAGAAUGUUCAAGCUGUUAUGGACACAGAUACUAUCAAGCUCCAAAAGACUGCCAUUAAAAUGCCAUAAAAGUAGCGUAGCUCCAUUUUAAGGCUUCCAAAACAGCGGCUGUAGCUCAUGUGGUAGAGCAGGUUGGUCACUAAUCGCAGGGUUGGUGGUUCAAUUCCCAGCCCAUGUGACUCCACCAGCUGAAGUGUCCUGGGGCAAGACACUGAACCCCAAGUUGCUCCCAAUGGCAGGCUAGUGCCUCGCAUGGCGGCUCUGCUGUGAGUGUGUGUGUGUGAAUGGGUGAAUGUGUCACAGUGUGAAGCACUUUGGAACCACUAUGCUUAAAAAAGCACUGUAUAAGUGCAGACCAUUUACCAUAUAAAGCCUUACAAUGACUGUGACAAACAGACCAAAAUGUAAGUUAUUAACUUACAUUUUUGUCUGUUGCUUGUAUAAAGCUGAAUUGUAGUAUGGCUUGUACAGUGUAUUCUCUCUCACCUUGUGUUUCCACAGAAGAAAGAAAUUUAGACAGGUUUGAAAUGACAUGAGUAUAUGAUGACAGAAUAAAAAUGUUGGGGUGAAUUACUCCUUUAAAUGUUCAAAAUGAUGCACAGAUGACAAUCCUAUAGAAACUAAGGGAGAACUGCACACAGUUGUUGAGUCAGUACAAUACUUUAGUGGCACAUUAAUGAUUAGUCCUCAUUAGUACCAUGUGACAAAACCAGUUGCUUUCCUUUUCAAACAUGAUAAAUGUCGAUAAAAUGUCCCUCUGAUGUCCAUGUUCUCAAUAUUAGCAUCAGCUAUAUAAAAAUUUUUUUGGUGAAAAUAUUAUUUCGCAGUGAUUGUGCUAUGAAAUAAUUUCCUAAAUAAUGUGACGUUAUUCCACAAGCAUGCUGUUGUCACUUGUAACGCUAAGGUCACGCUUAUUGCCAAAAAACUCAAUAUGUUGCUUUGCGUUCAUAACUAUGCUAAAUAUAUGUUACCAGUCAUGUUACUGAAGUAUGCAAAGCUUUAUACUCUAACAUUUCAUGAAAUCCUAAAGGAAGAAUGCAAGCAAUAAUUAUAACAAGCUUUUCUGUUUUGUUUUUAUUUCGUUUUUCUGUUAGUGCUCAGGAUACUGAGGUUACUUGAAAAUGAAACUUUCUUUAUUAUUUAUUAAA